AUUCAAGACUAUCAUCAACAAGUUUUCGAUCAGGUUCAGGAAAUGGCAGCAAAAAUAGUACCUAUUGCGCUGGCUAUUAUCGGAGGUGUGUCAGUAGCCGUGGCCACCUUUCAGCCCGAAUUGGAGGCGCAGCAGAAAAGGAGACUGGAAGAAGAAUACCGACGCGAUCUAGCUGCUGCUGCGGCUGCCAGCGGCAACAGCGCGCUGGCACGCGAAAUUGCACCGCAAUUCAGGGACAAUACACUUCGUGAGGAGAUUCGGCCUAGAGCACAAGCACCGCAGGAAAAUGAGCGAUCAAAGUUGUCAUCUCUUCUCGGCCUGUGGGCCUGGCAGAAACCUGGAAGCGACGACACAUCCACAUUCAGAAACUCAUCGGGAUCAAGUAAUGGGGUAGAUCAAUCGCAGCGGUAACCAACAAUGUCCGCUUGACGUUAUAUAUUGAGUUUCGCUCCAAGUUCCUCCCAACGUCCCUUCCGCAGCGGAUCUAUCCUUUUGAGCUGAUCCAGCCACUUGCGCAGGUCCAGGGUGGUGAAGGAUUUUGUUCCCCCUUCCACCUGCAAAUAGCAGGUCGCUAGAUCCAGAAGCCUCUCGUAUAUCCAUUUACAGUCCGGCUCAUCGUCAAGAAUCUCUCGCAUAUAAUCCAUCUCGUGUGCGUAGUAUUCCUGUCGCUCCUUGUUGGUUAGAUCCAAGGCAAUCAGGCGUUCGUCCGGGCAGUCAGGUGCUAAUGUACUCAUCAGGUAUUCGUGAUAGUACCAUAUUGACUGGUCGAACGGGUCUGUAUUUAUCGCUGUACAAAUCAAAGCUAGUUCUGCGUCAAGUAGCCUUCGUCGCUCGGCGUUAUCCGCGCCGCGGCGGCGGAGUAGCUGUGGAAUUAUUCUCCCUCUGUUAUGCCACGCCGAGAAAUUG